AGGUUGGUGCAUUGUAUUACGAAAAGAAAACGAAGAGGAAGAAGUCUCGUGAGCAUAUUCAACUUCCGGUGACAGCCCUAGCCUUUCUUUUCUCAGUCGGCGUGUAGUGAUCUGGAAGUGUAAACUCGUCCAAAAUGUCCGACGAAAACUGGGAUGAGGAUGUUGCGGUGGGAGCCACAGACUUGGCUUCUGCCCAAACAGCGGAGAUGCCCGAGGUCAAGCUCUUUGGCCGCUGGAGCUGUGACGAUGUUCAGGUGUCUGACAUGUCCCUGCAGGAUUACAUUGCAGUUAAAGAGAAGAAUGCUAAGUACCUUCCUCACUCAGCUGGUCGUUAUGCUGCCAAGCGCUUCCGCAAGGCUCAGUGCCCCAUUGUGGAGCGACUCACAAACUCUUUGAUGAUGCAUGGCCGCAACAACGGUAAGAAGCUGAUGGCAGUCCGCAUUGUCAAGCACGCCUUCGAAAUCAUCCACCUGCUCACUGGAGAGAACCCUCUCCAGGUCUUGGUCACGGCCAUCAUCAACUCUGGGCCUCGUGAAGACUCCACACGUAUUGGCAGAGCUGGUACUGUGAGGCGACAGGCUGUUGACGUGUCUCCUCUGAGGAGAGUGAACCAGGCCAUCUGGCUGCUUUGCACGGGAGCUCGUGAAGCUGCCUUCAGGAACAUCAAGACCAUUGCCGAAUGUGUUGCUGAUGAGCUUAUCAAUGCUGCCAAGGGAUCCUCAAAUUCUUAUGCCAUUAAGAAGAAGGAUGAGUUGGAGCGUGUGGCGAAGUCUAACCGUUAAUUAUAUUUCCCUGUUCACAUCAAUAAAAGAUGUGAAAACUUUA